AUGCCAUCUCGCCCUUCUCCGCCUGAUAUUCCGCCGCUUCCGACGACGACAAUUCACCACCGUUUUCAGACACUCCCGCUUAUCAUCGCCGGUUCACUGACUUUAACCGGAGUUCUACUCAUCCUCUUCACUAUACUUCUAUACCGGAGACUAUACCGGAACCGUACCGCUCCUUCAGAUCUUAUCUCAAAAUCUCCUCAACACUACCAAUGUCGACGAUUCUCUUACACUCAGCUCCGUCGCGCAACGAACUCGUUCGCCGAGUCGACUCAGCUCGGCCAUGGCGGAUUUGGGUCGGUUUACAAAGCUGAUUUCCCGAGUGGCGACUCACUCGCCGUCAAAGUUAUGGAUUCCUCUUCUGGGUCUUUACAAGGCGAGCGUGAGUUUCAUAACGAGCUUUCUCUCUCCUCUCACUUGAUGGGCUCGCCUUAUAUCGUCUCUCUCCUCGGAUUCUCCUCCGAUCGUCGUGGCCGGAGUCUUGUACUCGUCUAUGAGCUUAUGGCUAAUCGGAGUUUACAAGACGCGCUUUUGGAUCGGAAAUGUGAAGAGCUUAUGGAUUGGAACAAGAGAUUUGAGAUUGCGACUGAUAUUGCAAAAGGGAUCGAGUUUCUUCAUCAUUGUUGUGAUCCUUUAAUCAUUCAUGGUGAUAUUAAGCCUAGUAAUAUCCUUCUCGAUUCUGAUUUCAAAGCCAAAAUCGGAGAUUUCGGUCUCGCUAGGGUAAAGUCUGAAGAUUUAGUUAAUGGUAAUGAAUCUAGGAUUAUGAUUGAGGAAGAAGAUAAGAGAAAUGAUGUUGUUGAAGAUAACGGGUCGAUUCUUGAGGAGACUGAGAGUGUGAUUACUGUGUUUGAAGAAGGUAAUGUUCUGAAUCUCUCGCCGGAAAAUUGUGGAAUUAGCGUCUUGACGGAGACGGAAGCAUCACCGGAGAAUUGUGCAGUUAGUGUCUUGACGGAAGUAGAAGCAUCUCCUGGACCGGAAUCAUCGAUAGUAUCGCGAUUAUCGCCGGAGGUGGGUUUGGAAACAAUGAGUGUGGAGAGUAGUAAGCAAAAAGUUGGUUCGAAGAGAGAUUGGUGGUGGAAACAGGACAACAAUGGUGGAAACAGAGGAGGGAUUGAAUCAGGGAGUGUGAAGGAUUACGUAAUGGAAUGGAUUGGGAGUGAGAUUAAGAAAGAGAGACCUGACAGUAACAAGGAAUGGAUCAAAAAUGGUGAUGGUAUUGACACUUGGUUUCAUCGAGACGAUGAUGCUUCCUCUGUUCAUGAGCAGAAUCAUAACCCUGCAAAGCGGAAGAAGAGGAAUAGUAUAGAUUGGUGGGUAGAUGAGUUAAGCGGCGAGCUCAAAUCGGUCAUGGGAAGAAAAAACAGUCAAGAUUCUGGUUUGUGGUGUGAUGUGAAUGUUCAGAAGAGCGGUGGAGUAAGUAGCACACCGAGUAUGAGAGGUACGGUGUGCUACAUUGCGCCAGAAUGUGGCGGUGGAGGUGUGUUGUCUGAGAAAUGUGAUGUUUAUAGUUUUGGGGUUCUGCUUUUGGUUCUUGUCUCGGGUAGACGGCCAUUGCAGGUGACUGCAUCGCCAAUGUCGGAGUUUGAAAGGGCUAAUUUGAUAUCAUGGGCUAAGCAAUUAGCUUGCAAUGGUAAAUUGUUGGAGUUAGUUGAUAAAUCUAUUCAUUCUUUGGAGAAAGAGCAAGCGGUUCUAUGUAUUACUAUUGCAUUGUUGUGUUUGCAAAGAUCUCCGGUUAAGAGACCGACGAUGAAGGAGAUUGUUCAGAUGCUUUCGGGUGCGUCUGAGCCACCACAUUUGCCGUUUGAGUUCUCUCCCUCGCCGCCUAUGGGUUUUCCGUUUAAGUCAAGGAAGAAAGCACGGUGA